CGGGCCAGUUGGCCACUCGUCGUCUUUUACCUUUCUACAAUUUUUUUACGUUCUUUCCUCUUCGUUUUUGUAUUUAUAUUUCUAGUCUGUAUUCACAUAUUAUCUGUAUAUAACCUUUAGUAUAUAUACUUGUAUGUGCUUACAUAUAUACAUAUGUGCAGUGAAAUCGGUGCAGAAGAUAGCUACCACCGCAUUAAAGCGUGACACAGUCCUGGCCGCGGCCAGUGCCAGUGUGGUUUUUCAACGAGACGCGCCAUGAGGGCCGCUUAUGUAUUGGCGGGCCUCCUCAUAAGCCUUCUAGUCUUCAACUUGCCUGGUACGCAAGGUGAGGAACUUGAAACAGUUCCAUCAGAGGCACAAUGUCGACCAUAUAUCGAGAAAGCUUUAAAACAUUUAGAAACAGAUGGAUCUCAUGAAAGUGAGAGCGCCGAAGUUAUUGAUCUUACCGACGAAGGAAAUGAAAUUAUCCAUGAUGACACAGAAUCUAGUAACAAGGUUAAACGGGAAAUUUCAAAUGAAAAUGAAAAUGUUGAAACUUUGGAGAGCGAAGAACCAGAAGUUGCACCAGAUCAAGAAACUGUCGAAAUUACGAACGAAGUAGAAAAUCCAGAACAAGAAGAGGGUGUAAAUGAAGUUGAAUCUGAAGUAACGGAAGAACAAUCGCAAGAAACUGAGGGGACACUUGACAAAUCUGAAGAUACACACGAAGCUGAAGAAAUAAAGGAGGAAGAAAUAAAGGAGGAAAAUAGCACCGAUGAGGAAGUAACUGUUCAAGAUAAUACUGGAGAAGAAGAAGAAGGCACUCAUGAGGAAGAAGUAACUCAUAGCGAAGAAGGUACUCCCGAAGAAGAAAAUUCCCACAGCGAACAAGAAACUUCACACGAAGGCAGCGUUCAAGAAGAGAAUGCGAGCGAACAAGACAAUCUUGCCGAAAAAUCAGAAGAAGCCGAAAGCACUCAACAGGAAGUUGAAGUAGAAGAAAAUAAAACGGUUGAAAGUGGUACUGAUAAUACAAUUGAAGAAGAAAAUAUUAAUGAACAAGUUAAAAGCGAUGAAGUACCAGAAUCCACAGCCGACGUUGGAGAAAAAAGCGAAGAAAGUGAAAAGCCAGUACAAGAGGAAGAAGUACUAGUUGAAGAUGCUAAACUUGUAGCAGAAGUACCUGAAAGUGUUGAGACUGCCGAGGUUUCGAAUGAAGAAGAUAAAAAAAGCCAAGAAACGGUACAAGAAACUGGUAGUACAGAAGAGAUUCAAUCAGGCGAAGAUGCUGGUAGUGGAUCGGGCAGUGGAGAAGGUGAGAUUGUUGAAGACUCAAGUCCAGAAGAAGAAGAGCUCAUAAUGGAAAUAGAAAUACCCGAAGUACUCAGGCCACGAGACCAUAUUGGUCAAUUACUGAAAUUGGACGAAGAUAUGGAAGAAAAAGAAAAAGCAGUUGACCAGAUAGCACAAGUAGUUUUGAGAGAUCUGAAGAAACUUUACGACAAUGCUAUUAAACCUCUAGAAACUUUAUACAAAUACAGAGAUCUCAGCAAUCGGCAUUUUGGAGACCCAGAGAUUUUUUCUAAACCGUUAGUACUUUUUAUGGGGCCGUGGAGUGGUGGCAAAUCAUCCAUUAUAAAUUAUUUGUUAGAUAUUGAGUACAAGCCAACCUCUUUGAGGACAGGAGCUGAACCUUCACCUGCAUACUUCAAUAUUUUAAUGCAUGGAGAAGAGGAAGAAGUACUUGAUGGAACGCAAUUAGCUGCAGACUGGACCUUUUCUGGACUACAGAAAUUCGGUCAAGGUCUGCUCGACCGUCUCAAGGGAUAUAAGUUAAAAAACAAAUUAUUAGAAAAAGUCAAUAUCGUUGAAAUUCCUGGGAUUUUGGAAAUUCGCAAACAAGUCCAAAGAAUGUUUCCAUUUAACGACGCUUGUCAAUGGUUUAUCGACAGAGCAGAUAUCAUAUUUUUAGUUUAUGAUCCAGCUAAACUUGACGUUGGCCCGGAAACUGAAGCUAUCCUAGAUCAGUUGAAAGGUCGUGAAUAUCAGACUAGAAUUAUUCUCAACAAAGCUGAUCAAGUAAAACCAGAAGAAUUAAUGAGAGUCCAAGGGGCUCUGAUCUGGAAUAUUUCCCCGCUUAUGUCAAGCGCUGAACCACCAAUAAUGUAUUCAGCUUCACUGUGGUCCAUACCUUAUGAGGCUGGUUCUCCAACGAGAUUGCUCUAUGCCCAGGAGCGGGCUUUUCUACGUGACCUUCGUUCCGCUAUCGACAAAAGAGUCGAGCACAAAAUUGCUAGCGCUCGAAGAUUUGCGGUACGAGUACGUAAUCAUGCAAAAAUGGUCGACUGUUAUCUCACUACUUAUUACAAUCAUAAGUCAUUCUUUGCUAAAAGGAAAGAAGUGAGCGAUAACAUAAUCGAAAAUCCUCAAGACUAUCACAUUUAUGAAGGACUCAGUACACUGACGAAUAUUUCACGCUACGAUCUACCGGAUCCCGAUGUCUAUCGCGAUUUCUUCAGGCUGAACAACUUAUACGAUUUCCCAUUACUGAGUACAACUUGUACAUACUUUAAAGGUUGCCCAAUCAAUAGACUUGACGUCGCCAUUGCCUAUGAUCUGCCCGAACUCGUUGGAAAAUAUAAAAAAUCUGCGGAAGCUGCCCAACAUAUUCAAGAAGUUACAUCCGAGCAGGUUGAUGCAAAAGCACAAGCACCUCAAGCCGCAGCGCAACAACAAAAUAAGCCAGCAGCUAGAAGCGGCGCGUCUAGCAUAUCUUUCAGAUGAAUUCGUAUCAAGUGAUUGAAAUAUCGAAAAACUUUUAAUUUCACGGAAAAAUUAUUAAACUUUUAGAUAUUCAUUAAAAUUGUAAAUUAGUUUAAAAAAUUGAAGGGUGUAAUUGGAAAAUUCAAUAGUUAGAACGACCCAUUCGAAAUAUAAUUAAUAUUAUCUUCGAACAUUUUCAAGCUGAACCAUGAUUUUGGUCUGAGUGAAUGAAAAUUUCACUUAAGCUAAAAAUAAAAAGUAUUUGAACAAAUAAGUGUAUGAUGGUUAGCUGGCCUGCCAUUGUAAGUAAUGACAAUUACCAAAAAAGAUACAUGAAACUGAUAGUUGCAUAUACUCAAAAAUUAGUAUCAAAAUAUUGUACACAGAAAAUUGAUUCUUAUUCAUAUAUAUUUACUUUGAGAACGUGUGUAAAAACAAAAGCAAAAAUGUGAGAGAAAGAAAGAGAGAGAGAGAAAGCUAAAAAUUACACAUGAAUCAAGUUGAAAAAAGUGCCCAUAGAUGUGUUUCACACAAGAAAUUAUGAAAUUCAUAAAAGAAAAUUUAUGCCAAUCUCCAACAAUCUUGUUCAUUCACUACAGUAAAUAUUCGAACUUUACACUGUCACUGUUACCAUGGAUAUUGCACAUUUGUAGAUAUAUUUUGAUGUUUAAUACAUUAUUUCAUUUAUGCUUCAAGUGAUAACGAAUUAUAGUCAAAUAAUCAUUAAUAAAUGAAAGGAUUAUUCAAUUUAUCGUGCAUCCACUAACACUUUUAAUUAGUUUUUUCUUUUUAAAUGAGCAAAGAAUCUAUUGGCAGAGGCAAAUUUAUUAACAAUAAUAUCAAGCAUUUUUGUUGUGUUGUUUUUGCAAGUUCCUUCCCCAUGAAGAUUUUUAAUUUAGCAUAUAAUAGUAGGUUAAUGAUUUUAGGAAGAAUGAAACUAUCUAAGUUCUAUAGUUGGUCUUAUAGAUGUAAUAAAUAUAACAUGUAAUGCAUGUUUAAUCCAUGCCAUUACUCAACUUUAGAGUAUUUACAUUUCCUUAAUUUGGUAAGCUUAUUAUAAGAAAUAAUAAAUAAAGUAUCAAGUCGCUUAAUUUUAUUGAUACACUCUACCAAUUUUAAGGAAUAUUUAUAGUACUCUUUCAAAUAAAUUUUUUCUAAAUAUAAGGAUUCUCAUGGAACAAGUAA